UCGCAUUGUGUCAAAAUAAAAGGCUAAACGUCAAACAAAACUCGGUUGUAAGAAAAACAUUUUUGGAAAUUCGAUACAUUAAAAUCAACACUAAAACGAGUCUAUUGAUGGUGCCAAAACGUUUACUUGAAUCGAUUCGACAUGGGAAGCACGAAACUGAUAAACACGCCCGCAAAUAUAUAGUUAAAACGUAAGAAUUACGUACAUCUUUACAAAUGAUCGACACACACACAGCCAUUAUUGUUGUGAAAACAAAAGUAAACUUCGAACGAUUGUGUCGCUAGUGUCGGUAUUUUAAAAUCGAAAAUACAUCAAAGGCGCGAACCGUGAACUUGACCAACAAUUUGAAACAGUUUGCGCUGUAUGUGGCGGUAUGGAUCUGUUGAGAAUUGACCCUAGUUUAAGAUCACUACCUUCGCCCGCCGUUUAUCUGUACAUAGAAAAUGAGACUAAACAUCAGGUUGACGUUUAUUGGAUCGAUUUCCAUUCGAGAUUGAUUAAACUGACCACUCUGGAGCCAUUCAAAGGUACACCAAUCAACACGUACGCGCUGCAUCCAUUUAUUUUCAUAGAUCGUCCAACCGGUCAAUUGUUGAACGCAUUCAGCGAGGCGUACCGCAUAAAGAAUCGACAGGUGCUAUUCGGUCGAUCAUUGGGUAAACGGGAAAAGGUGUUCAUCCAAUCGCCGAUGAAAAGUCUACAGGACAUAACUCUGCUGAGCCUAUUGAAGCAAUUGCAAAAUGUUGAUGUUGUCGACGAACUGGAAAUACCACAGAUCUUAAAACGAGACUUGCGAAAAGUGUUUCGAAUUUACGAUGAACACAGGAAACGGUUGGAAGAGAGAUGACAUUAUGUGGCCGCAGAAAAAUCACGGUGGAAUAUCUCAAAUAUUGUUGUGGGUAACGGCCCUUUUUUUACAAAUUUUUAAUUCUUGUCAAUUGACUGUUUACAAUUAGAUUAAGCGAACAAACAUUUC